AUGUCCUACGACUCAAAAUUGGUUGAUUUGCUCGAUGAAUACUUCUUGAUUGAUAGUAAAAGUGUUGAAAUAUGGUUUAAGAAGGUUGUGAUAGCAGUAAAGCAGUCGGAUUUAGAUGCAGAAAGACACUCAAAGGCAUUUGGAAUCAUCAGACUGAUGUUGAUGAAUGAGAAUGAUAAAAUAGUUUCAUAUGGAAAAAUACUGUCGUAUUUGAUCUAUAAAGAAGAUAGAUUUGGAGCAAAGAACCUGAAAGAAUACGCUGAGAUAGUAGAUAACAAUAUAUCAGUAACAGAAGAACAAGGAUGUAAGAAUAAGACGGAUGAAUUUUACGUAAAAAAGAAAAUAGGGACAUUUUACAUUCAGCAGGCACAUAGAAAACUGAUUUCAUUUGAAUUGAAUGUGGAAGAGAAACUGGGAGUGUGGCUUGAUCUAAGAAAUAUAGCAAGUAGAUCAAGUAGAAGAGCAUUAGACCAUUAUUCUGGUAAAAUUGUACGAUUGUUCAGGGAUGAUGAGGUGAAGCUGGAACUGUUUGAGAGACUAAUUGAUUCGAAUAUGCUCCAAAAAUAUACUGAAAUACAAAAUAUCAGAAGAAUUGAAGACAAAAGAGAUCAGGUGGAGUGUAAGAUAAAGAACAGCCUUGAUGUCAAGUUUGUUGGUUUGGUCGGGCUACUGAUUAUUCUGGCAGAAAAGGACUGUAUCAAUACACUCAACGAGAUCACAUCACUGAUAUUUGAGAGUAGUGAACCAUUUAAUAGCAACAUAUUCAAAUACUACCUGAUUGAAGCAGUGAUAUUUCUGAUACUCGAAACAAGGGAAUUGAAUGCCAAAUACGACAUAUACAAUGGAAUACUGAAGCACGUUAAUAGAAUACAAGACUGUAAUCUAAACAAACAGUCUUUUACCAAACUAAAAGAACUGUUUGAAAUCAUUAAAUUGCUGGGGUAG